CGGUAAGACAAAAAAACCUGCAGAUUAGCAUCAACACGACGUCGAGAGGAAGAGGGACUAGGAGGAGGAGAGAAUGAACGAGCCUGCUGACAUCCCAAUAUGGACAACGAAGAUAAGGGAGGGGGCGGUCUCAGCCGGCGUGGGGAAGAAGAAGAAGAAGAAGAAGACAAAGAAACGAAUGAUGCCGAAGUAGAAAAAGGGGAAGAAGAAGAGGAAGAAGAAGAGGAGGAAGAAGAAGAAGAGGAAGAAGAAGAAGAAGAAGAAGAGGAAGAAAAGGAAGAAGAGGAAGAAGAAGAAGACGAAGACGACGAAGACGAAGAAGAAGAAGAGGAAGAGGAAGAGGAAGAGGAAGAGGAAGGAGGUGCAGGAGGAGGAGAAGUUGAAGAAGAGGAAGAAGAAGACGAAGAGGAAGAAGAGGACGAAGAAGAAGAAGAAGAAGAAGAAGAAGAAGAAGAAGAAGAAGAAGAAGAAGAAGACAACGACGACGAAGACGACGACGACGAAGACGACGAAGAAGAAGAGGAGGAAGAAGAAGAGAAGGAAGAGGAGGAAGAGGAGGAGGAGGAAAAGGAAGAGGAAGAGGAGGAGGAGGAAGAAGAAGAAGAAGAAGAAGAAGAAGAAGAAGAAGAAGAAGAAGAAGAAGAAGAAGAAGGAGAUUCAUUUGCUCGUCUUGAACUCGGCGAUGGCGAUGGCGAUGGAGAUGGAGAUGGAGGUGGCGACGGCGAUGGAGAUGGCGACGGCGAUGGCUUGAUGGUCCCAGCUAUGGCGAAGAAGAAGAGGAAGAAGAAGAGGAAGAAGAAGAGGAAGAAGAAGACGAAGACGGCUCAUGCGAUGACGGAAGUUGAAGAAGAGGAUGAUGAACCAAAAAGAAGAAGAGGAUGACGUCAGAAGAGAAAAAGAGAGCUCGUGGAAAUCUCAGAUAAUGAAACUGAGUCUCAACG